GCCUCACAGCAGUUGAAUGAGUUGAACGGUUUGCAGGAGUUGUCCAUCACUUCCCAACUGAGACUCAACGACGAGCUGAUGGCCGCCAAGAACGCGAUGAAUGAGUUUAAGGCCUCUUCGGCUGAGCAGAGGUUUAUUGUCCGAGAAAUUCUCGACCGAUUCAUACGACUGCAGGACUUUGUCUUACUUGAGAUGUCUUACGGCUAUUCCAUUGUCUUCUUCGUGGUCUCAAUGAUAAUCGUAUACUUCAUGACAACCCCUGUCCGCACAAAUGAGGCCCGACUCUGGCUUUUCGUCGCUUUGAUUAUCAAUUUAUUUGUUGAACGACUCAUCGCUUCGUAUUCAUUGGACGACCAGUUAAUGGGUCUGAAGAGCACAUCCAUUGUCAUAAAUGAGAGGAUUUGGUUGUCCAGAAAAAUCACGUUAACCCUUAUGGCCGCUAUUUUCGUGUGGUUUGCCAUCACUUACAAAAACUAUGGUUAUGUUAACCACAGUAUUCUCAAUGAACACACUUUACGUCUGAAUCUCAUUCAGAGUCAAUUGAAUCAGAUCUGCAAAACAGUCGACUCAUCGCCUCAAAAGUCAGUGGAAUGUGUGGACAAACGGGACAAUGAAUAUUCAUCUGAUAGUGACAGCGAUUUUAUGGCAGAUUCUGGUAAUAGUAGUGAUGAUAGCGAUGUCAGCGAGGCUUCCAUAGAGACCUGUUCUACCAUCGAAAUUGUCUCCUCGAGUACUACUAAACCUAAUGAUAAUGACAUGAAUUUAGGCAAUUCAUCGAAUGACGAGACCCCGACCCCUCCUUUGCUGACUCUAAGCCCCUCUUACAACCUGAGGCCGAGAAAGAGUAUUAUUUACACUAAAAACGGAAUUAUCAACGAAACCGUCGAUGACUUUAUGGCAAAAGUAGAACUUUCGGCAAACAUUUCGAAAUUCAAGUCUCAAAGUAUUCACCCGAAUGUCAAGAAUUUUUUGUCUUCAGAUGAAGACUAA